GGUGCGGGGUCGGGUUAUUGGAGAAGACUUAGACAUCACGAUAGUGAAGAGCGAGUGAAGAGCGAGUGAAGAGUAAAAGACAGCUUGCAAUGAAUCAAGAAUUUUACCUACCAUAUUUCCUUUCUUUUUAGCCUCUUCUUCUCUCACUUUCUCUUCUUCACAACCCAUUUUCGGUUUCAUUUCUCCUUCUUCCUUUCGCACUGUAGAACUGGCACUAAUAAUGGAGGAAUAAUAGAGUAGGGGUUUGGGUUUUUUUUGUCCUUUUUGUUUUGUUUCUUUAUUGCUUUUUCUCAGACUGGGCUCUUCUUGUUUGCCUUUAAAUUUGUGCCCAAGAAAAAUAAUUCCCAAUUCCUUCGCUGAUUGACAUUGGAGUUUUUCGGUGAGAAGAUUUUACUUUUGUGGGGUUUAAGAACAGGAAAAUUAGCGUAGAGAAAACUGAGUUCUGACGAUUUUGUUGACUCGAGCUCUCUGCAUUUUGGGUUAUUCAGAUUUUGCCUUUUCAAACCCAAAACUUCAAGGGAAAGAUCGUGGGAAAGAGUUUUAAAAGUAUAGAAAUGACAGGUCCAAAUUGCAUGGAUGAAAAUGACUGUGGAAACUUCUUUGAUCAAAUUGAUGACUUGAUUGAGUUCCCCCCAGAUAAUGAGUAUGGUGAUGGCAACCUUAUUGACUCGGGCGAUUGCAAGGAUAUUGCGCGCAUUUGGAAUGAUCCCUUGCCGGAAUCAGACCCCCUUUUCUUCAAUAGCCAAAGCAACGCCAUUACUGAUCUAUCCGCUGAACUUUGUGUUCCGUAUGAGGAUAUCGUACAGCUGGAAUGGCUUUCUACAUUUGUGGAGGAUUCGUUCUCUGGUGCGGACUUGACUCUAGGAAAGGAGAACCUUUGUGUUGUCAAGGAGCCAUUGCACCAACAAUUCCUGAACUCCAGUCCGGUUUUGGUGCUAGAGAACAGCAGCAGUAGCAGUAGCAGUUCCUGCUCAGUUGGGAAGACUAUGCCCCUCGACAUGAGGCGCCGUGGUCCGCAUCGUGCCCGGACCAAACGUUCACGCCCUGCAACUUUCAAUCCUCGAGCAGGAAUUCAACUCAUUUCCCCUUCAUCCUCCUUUGAGACCCCACAGCUCUUUGUCACUCCAGUCAUUUCCUCAGAAUCUGAAUAUUUUGCGGAAUCGCAGCCCAUGGAAAAGAUUAUGAAACAGGUUGGAGCAGAACAAAAGAAGAAGAGGAAAAUCAAAUCAGCUGUGCCUGUUGGUCCUAUGGAAAUGAAUGAGAACCCUCCAGCACAAGCAGUUAGAAAAUGCAUGCAUUGCCAGAUUACAAAGACUCCACAGUGGAGGGCUGGCCCAAUGGGUCCAAAAUCCCUGUGCAAUGCUUGUGGCGUUCGCUACAAGUCAGGUCGCCUUUUCCCCGAAUACCGUCCAGCUGCAAGUCCUACAUUUGUUCCGUCAUUGCACUCAAAUUCUCACAAGAAAGUUAUCGAGAUGAGAACCAAUGGUGGAGCAGGAAUCACAGCAAUUACCCCGACCACCAUCAAGUCAGAAUCUGUUUCGAACACAUCCCUGUCAUGCGAGUGAUGGAAUGAAGCUGUCCUUGUGCAAACUGUUGGUUUUAGUCUCAUAUUAUUUUCUUGCAGUUGUUUCAUACCUAUGUUCUUUGGUUUAUUGUACAGAGAUGUAAUGUGGAGUAGGAGCCACAAUAGACCAUAUUAUAAUUCGUAGGGAAGAAGAAUGAGAUGAGAGAGUUUGGCAAGUCUAGUCGAUAAAUGGAGUUUAGGACUAGGGCGAGCUUUUAGGCUUGUUUAGGUCUUUAGUAUUAGUAGUUUUAUGAUCAGUAUUAUCUUUUUGUUAGUCUGUUUUGUUUACAUGUCAUGGGAAUUCUUUUUACAGUUAAGUUGUAGGAAUUCUGAAAUGUUAAGAAUCUCAAUUAUGGUUUUAUC